AUGGUGUCAACUCAUACAGAUGCCGCUGCCAACGCGGAUUUACCGGAAAAAACUGCCAGCAUCAAAUCGAUUUGGAACAAUUUAAUACGACAGAUUUACUCGAGCAUGAACUCUGUGAAAAACAUGAUUGUGCAGCAAAGGAGUGCCAAAAAUCUCAUAUUUGUUGAGGUGAAGAGCAAAAAACUGCCUCUGAAAAUUGACUGA